UUAAUCCCGAUAUAAGUUCAGUCUUUAUUUAUAAGUGCUACGUGGGAGUUGUGUCAUUAUUUAUAUAAUUAUUUGUUUAUCUUAAGAUAGGGCGAAUACUCCUUGCCGUCCUAGUAGCGAUAGCGUCGGUUCCAGUUUAUUUCCUAUACCUGAGAAGUCCACCUCCAUUACCUGAAAUUGACCUUGAAGAAUGGUGGGGAACUGAGCUGUCAAAAUCCAAGAAGGAUGACAGUAUAAAACCAUUCAAAGUAGAAUUCAGUGAAGUGAUGAUUAAAGACUUGAAAGACCGGCUAAGAGACCGUCACCCAUUGGCUCCUCCUCUAAAAGGUGUAUCCUUCGAGUAUGGUUUCAACAGCAAGCAGUUAGAGGGAUGGCUGAAAUACUGGUCAGAAGAAUACUCGUUCAAAGAACGUGAAAAAUUAUUCAAUAAAUAUCCACACUUCAAGACUGAUAUCCAAGGGUUAAGCAUUCACUUCAUCAGGGUGACGCCGGAGGUGCCUCCUGGCGUGGAAGUGGUUCCACUGCUGCUACUCCACGGCUGGCCUGGCUCAGUCAGAGAGUUCUAUGAAGCUAUACCAUAUCUAACUUCUGCUACAAGGGACAGAGACUUCGCUUUAGAACUCAUUAUUCCUAGUUUGCCUGGUUAUGGUUUUUCUAGUGCUGCAAAACGACCAGGUCUCGGCGCAGACAAAGUAGCUGUUGUUUUUAGAAAUCUAAUGCAGCGUCUCGGUUUCAAGAAGUACUAUAUUCAAGGAGGUGACUGGGGAGCGCUGAUCACAAGUUGCAUGGCUACAUUCUUUCCUGACGAGAUUCUCGGCUACCAUUCAAACAUGCCGUUCAUACUUUCACCAAAAGUCACCUUGAUCACGUUAAUUGGAGCCAUAUAUCCACCACUUGUGGUUGGCUCAAAUGUUCAAGAUCGUAUGUAUCCCAUGCUGGAAAAAUAUGCGAAUUUGAUGGAGGAAACGGGAUACAUGCAUAUUCAAGCCAGCAAACCAGAUACUAUUGGUGUAGCUCUCUCUGACUCUCCUACUGGUCUCGCUGCUUACAUCCUCGAGAAGUUUUCCACUUGGACUCUGAUGUCAAACCGUAACGUCCCCGAUGGUGCUCUCACGAAGCACUUCAGUAGAGACCAAUUGUUCGACAAUCUUAUGGUGUACUGGGCUACUAAUUCUAUUACGACAUCCAUGAGACUGUACGCUGAAACCUUUAGCAAGAGAUACUUAAGUUUGGGGCUUGAAGAGAUUCCCACUAAUGUCCCUACAUGGUUCAUCCAAGCGAAGAACGAGCUGACAUACACUCCCAUAUGGGCUUUGAAAACGAAGUACCCUAAUCUUAUUAAUGAGACCAUAUUAGAUGAUGGUGGACACUUCCUGGCCUUCCAACUGCCUGAAAUCUUUUCGAAUGAUGUCAUCAAGGCCAUACAAAGCUUUAGGUCAUGGCAUAAGAAUAAUAAAAAAACUGAAUUAUAGUUAUUUUCAUAUUGUUUUGUAAAUAAAUGACAUUGUGAAU